UCAACUGGGUGGGGUCAUAUUUGGAUGCACUUGGACUACAAUGAAAGAAUGUCUAUCUAAACAACUUUUUGGCUUACCAGCUCCACACUUUUCCUAUGUGAAAAACAUAGAACCUGGAUUGCCUUUGUUUCUAUUCAAUUAUUCUGAUAGGAAGCUUCAUGGAAUUUUUGAGGCAUCUAGCAAGGGAAAAAUGUAUAUAGACCCUUAUGCAUGGAUUAAUGAUGAUUAUUCUGAUGAAACACAAUAUCCAGCACAGGUAAAAGUUCGUGUCAAACUUCAAUGUCGUCCGUUGUCUGAAGAUAAAUUUGGACAAGUUAUUGUAGAGAACUACUACGAUAAUAAGCAUUUUUUGUUUGAGCUAGAUCGUAGUCAAACAAACAUGCUAAUGUAUUUACUUACUUCCACGGCAAUAGCUCCUGGUACACCUGUACCACGAUGUAAUACAAAGUGGAGAAAUGUAUGUCCAUCUUUUCCAUCGCGUGAAACUCCGAAGAAAGAUUCAUACGUCCAUUCAACGCAUACUCACCCAAUUAAGAAAAAGGUAAACGAGAGUGAGAAAAUUCGAAUAUUUAAAAAAUUGAUGGAAUUGGAUGUUGGCAAGAAAAGUCGAGAUGUUGGCAAGAAAAGUCGAGACCUCUUGUUGCUAGACAAUGUAAAGGACACUCAUAAUGAGAGCAAGAUGAAGGAUUAUAUAGAGGCACCACCACCAGGUUUAGCGAAGAAGGUGAGAAUUUCAGUGCUUCAUUCAAAAAUCUAUACACCAUGA